AACUGUCAUGGCUGCUGUCGUAGUUAGCAUAGCUCGUUAGCCAGUGCUUUUAGCAACAAUUAUAUUCUAAAUUGUCAUUUUGUCUUCGUCGUGCAGUGCUUGUUGCUAACAGUCGUUUAUCAGGUGUGAGAGAACAGCAGUAACGUUGCGCUUUCAUCGCAUUUUACUGCUUGUGAACGGACUAACUGGAGGUUGCUAGUGGAGCUGUUAGCAUUCAUUCACAAUGAGGACUGUGUUGAUGGUAGCAGAGAAACCAUCCUUGGCUCAGUCGAUUGCCAAAAUCCUCUCUAAAGGAAACUGCACAAGUCGGAAGGGGCUCAAUGGAGCAUGCUCAGUGCACGACUACUCCGGCAGCUUCCAGGGCCAAACUGUACGAUUCAAGAUGACUUCUGUUUGUGGACAUGUUAUGAGUCUGGAUUUCAUUGGGAAGUACAACAACUGGGACAAGGUGGACCCAGCAGAACUGUUCAGCAAAGCCCCAACAGAAAAAAAGGAGGCCAACCCCAAACUCAACAUGGUCAAGUUCCUCCAGGUUGAAGCCAGAGGCUGUGACUAUGUGGUUCUAUGGUUGGACUGUGAUAAAGAAGGCGAGAACAUCUGUUUUGAGGUACUGGAUGCCAUCCAGCCAGUGAUGAACAAGGGAAAUGGUCGGGAGCGGACCGUUUACCGUGCCAAAUUCAGCUCCAUCACUGACACUGACAUCUGGAACGCCAUGAAUCGCCUGGGUGAGCCCAACCGCAAUGAAGCUCUGUCAGUGGACGCACGACAGGAGCUGGAUCUGCGCAUCGGCUGUGCUUUCACCCGGUUCCAGACUAAGUAUUUCCAGGGUAAGUACGGCAACCUCGACUCCUCCUUGAUCUCUUUCGGACCAUGCCAGACCCCGACACUAGGCUUCUGUGUGGAGCGCCAUGACAAGAUCCAGUCCUUUAAACCAGAGACUUACUGGGUUCUCCAGGCAAAGGUGUUCAAAGGGAAGGACAGCCCACUGACGCUGGACUGGCACAGGGUGAGGGUCUUUGACAGGGAGGUGGGUCAGAUGUUUGUCAACCUGGCCAAGACAUCCAGGGAGGCCAAGGUGGAGUCAGUGAGUAAGAAAGAGAAGGCGAAGCAGAGGCCCCAGGCCUUAAACACCGUGGAGAUGCUGAGAGUGGCCAGCUCUGCUUUAGGCAUGGGCCCGCAGCAUACCAUGCAGAUCGCAGAGCGCCUGUACACACAGGGCUACAUCAGCUACCCACGUACUGAGACCACCCACUACCCUGAGAACUUUGACCUGAAGGGAACACUGAAGCAGCAGACCAACAACCCCGUCUGGGCAGAGGAGGUGAAAGCUCUGCUUGCAGCUGGAAUAAACCGACCCAGGAAAGGAACUGAUGCUGGAGAUCAUCCACCGAUCACUCCCAUGCGUUCUGCCUCAGAAGGAGAACUGGGAAGCGACGGCUGGCGACUGUACGACUACAUCACGCGUCAUUUCAUAGCCACUGUCAGUCAGGACUGCAAGUACCUACAGACCACCAUAGACUUCAGCAUUGGCACAGAGGCCUUCUCGUGUAGUGGCAAAACCCUGAUAUCACCAGGUUACACAGAUGUGAUGCCGUGGCAGGGCAUUCCUCUGGAGGAGGCCCUGCCAGUCUGUGAGCGUGGAGACUCUUUCACAGUGGACGAGAUCAAGCUGGUAGAAAAGCAGACCGGCCCCCCGGACUACCUGACCGAGGCUGAGCUCAUCACCCUCAUGGAGAAACAUGGCAUCGGUACUGAUGCCAGCAUCCCUGUCCACAUCAACAACAUCUGCCAGAGGAACUAUGUGACUGUAGAGAAUGGACGCAAGUUGAAGCCAACCAACCUAGGCAUUGUCCUGGUACAUGGCUACUACAAGACAGAUGCAGAGCUGGUGCUGCCCACCAUACGUAGCGCUGUGGAGAAGCAGCUGAACCUUAUCGCUCAGGGUAAAGCCAACUACCAACAAGUCCUGCAGCACACGCUGGAUAUCUUCAAGAGGAAGUUUCACUACUUUGUGGAUUCCAUCCCCAGUAUGGAUGAGUUGAUGGAGGUCUCGUUUUCACCCAUUGCUGCCACUGGGAAGCCACUGUCCCGCUGUGGAAAGUGUCAUCGCUUCAUGAAGUACAUCCAGGCCAAACCCAGCAGGCUUCACUGCUCCCACUGUGACGAGACCUACAGUCUUCCCCAAAACGGAGCCAUCAAGCUGUACAAGGAGCUCCGCUGUCCGCUGGAUGACUUUGAGCUGGUGCUGUGGACCUCUGGGGCCCGGGGCAAGAGCUACCCGCUGUGUCCAUACUGCUUUAGCAACCCGCCCUUCAGGGACAUGAAGAAAGGUAUGGGAUGCAAUGAAUGCACCCAUCCAUCCUGCCAGCACUCCCUCAACUCUUUGGGCAUUGGACAGUGUGUGGAGUGUGAUAGUGGGGUUUUGGUGCUUGAUCCCACCUCUGGACCAAAAUGGAGGAUGGCCUGUAAUAAAUGCAACGUGGUGGUGCACUUCUUUGAACACGCACACAGAGUGCAGGUCGCUCAGGAGAGCUGCGAUGCCUGCGAUGCCUCUCUGGUCGCUGUGGACUUCAACAAGACUCGCACUCCACUUCCUGCCGGUGAGACCCAGCACACUGGAUGUGUUUUCUGUGACCCGGUCUUCCAGGAUCUGGUGGAGCUCAAACACGCCACCAUGAGGCACGCCAUGCACCGGGGCGGGGGUGCAAGACGAGGAGGACGGGGACGGGGCAGGGGACGCCGUGGCAAUCCUAAAAAACCUAAAGACAAAAUGGCUGCCUUGGCUGCUUACUUUGUAUAGUGUCUGUGGAUAGUGGGUCUGUUAUUUUCUCGACACCAACUGUAGUAUGAAGGUGUACUGUAUAUGUCAGUGAAUGGACUUCACUUUUACGUGUGUAUUUAAUUACACUGAAGUAAAAUAUGGAAUUGAAAUGUC